AUGGCUGCCAGUUUCCUGACUAAGAAAGUGUUCCAAAAAGGUCCCAGCUCCUAUCUUCAGAACUUCUCCUACAUGACCGCUGAGCAGGAUAACCUGUGGAGUCACUGGCAAAAAGCUGUAGACAGUCAGAGUGAAGUCCAGUUACCAGCCCCUGUAACAGAUAUAAUGGACUCCUGGACAUUACAAAUUGGAUAUCCUCUUAUUACACUGAAUACAUCUUCGGGUACAGUUACUCAGGAAAAGUGUUUCUUAACAAAACCAGAUAAUCAUACCUCACAUGGCAGGUCUAUUCCCAGAGAUGCAGGCUACCUCAGACCAGAACUGGAUCCUAUUGAAUGUGAAUGUUUCAGGGUAUUACAGAGUGAACUAUGACUCUUCAAAUUGGGAGAGAGUGCUGAAUCAGCUAAUGAAAGACCCAAAUGUAAGUUUUAGGGCUAUGUGUUUCUAUGGAAAGAAAACGGGUCAAAAGCAAGCCGUUUAGUACAUGUGUGAAAUAAAUGUGUUCUAAUUCAAAUUAUUAAACCAAUUGCAAAUAAUCUGCGUAAUAACUGCAAAUGACUUCCUUAAAGGGAAUAUGCACUUUUGAUUUCACUAAUAAUUUGUAUUUUUGUUUUUAUGUUUUGUAAAACAUUUUGCUUCAGCUUACAAACUAUACUGCGAUUGUCAACAGUACAACAAUAUAACCAGAAUCCUAAGUACAAAUAAAGUAGCUUUUCAUAUAUUACAUAAUUUAUAUAGACAUCAUAAAAAGGUAAGGACAGUAAAACAAAAAUAAAUAAACCAUUCAGUAUUGUUACACUUUAAAUGAAUUGGUCAGAAAAUUUAAAACAAGUCUGCA